UAUUGCAUGAAAUAUUUCUUUAUUACAUCGACCUAUAAAAGAACCUGAAGCACAUUUUAGUCUUCAGUUUGUGACAAGAUUUUCAGUUAAAACUAUCAAAAUGGAAGUGAAAAAAUUAGUGAUGCUGUCUCUCCUUUUUGGAUCAUCAUUUAGUCAAUCUUUGACUUGUAACUAUACAGAUACAGUUGAUUACGGACAAGAACUUUACGUUUGCAAUUUAGAGAUCCAAAAUCCAUCUGGAGUUGACGAUUUUACAGAGAUUAGUGGAACUCAUUUGGAAGGAAGAACAAAUGCUGAUGUGACUGGAUUGCUUCUUACUACUUCCUCAAGAACUAUCAAUUUUCCGAGGAUUAUUUGCUCUCAGUUCACAAAUAUGCUUCAUAUUAACUACGCUCACAUGAGUAUAGUUGAAGUUACUCAAAAUUCAUUCAGUGGAUGUCUCAAUUUAGAAUGGUUGAGAUUAUGGAACAAUACAAUAGAGCAGGUUCAUGAACAAGCAUUUGCCAACAAUUCAAGAUUGAAAUAUCUAAAUCUUGACAAAAAUCGACUCACAACUUUACCAGAAAAUUUGUUUCGUAAUUUAGUGAAUUUAGAGCAACUACAAAUGUCCAACAAUCCAUUCAGUUUUAUUCCAAGUAGAUUAUUCAGACCUUUAACUAAUCUUCAAAGAUUAUAUUUGAUUCAGUCUAAUAUUAAUAUAAUAAAUCCAGAAUGGUUCGCUACACUUGGUAACUUGUUCCAAUUGACACUUUAUGGAAAUAACAUUACAUCCUGGCCAGAAAAUAAAUUUGCAGCUUUAAGAAAUCUUCAAAUUUUUGUAGUCAGUAAAAACCCAAUUGGUGAUAAUUUGCCUGCUGAUGCAUUCGUAGAUCUACCAAAUCUUGAAACACUUUUAAUGGCAGAUAUUGGAAUCACACAAAUUAAUCCUGCUUGGUAUCAUCCACUCCAAAAGUUGGAGACUUUGUACAUUUACUCAAACUUAUUUACAUCAAUCCCUGAAGGAGCAUUCGACAGUUUAAGAAAUCUUGUAGGACUUGACAUCGGUGGCAAUCAUCUCACUGAAUCUGGAAUUCCUUCAAAUUUAUUUCGAAAUAUGUCGAAUCUUUUGUAUUUAUAUUGUGACAAUAAUCUCAUCCAGACAAUUAAUCCUCAAUGGUUUGAAGGAUUGACGGGGCUUCUUUCAAUUGACUUUAGUUUCAAUCAAAUUAAUGAACUUCAAGAAGGAGUUUUUGCAUCAUUUAGAUCCAUUAUCGAUAUUGGUUUGUGGGGAAAUAAUCUGAAGACUUUGAACAGAAAUGCUUUUGGAAAUAUUCAAAAUUUGACAUAUUUUGAUCUUGAUGACAAUAACAUUAAUGCAGUUGAUGAAAGAUUCUUGAAUGAAGCAUCUCCUUUGUCAUUCUUUUACUUCAGAAAUAACCUGUGUGCCAGUGACUGGUUCUUUAACUUUGGAGCCAAUCGUGAGCAACUCAUGCCAAGGUUCUCCACAUGUACACGUAACUUUGAAUUAAUUGUCGAAACUUCAACCGAUGCUGGACAAGCUUACAGAUUUUUUACUGCACCAAACCCUGGAAUUCAGCUUCGUGUCAAUACUAAUGAUGAAGUUCGCAUAUCUUUAACAUCAUUUGACUUUCUAUGGAAUCCAUCAGUUGAAAUCAUCAUUGGAGCUAGGAACAACACAUUAUCAACAGUUAUUAUGAAUCAAGAUACAGAAGUUGUGGUUGCUCAUAGUCCAAACAUCAUCAGUCCUGGACGAUGGACUGGAUUAAGAAUCACAUGGGCCAAUCAUGUUAUUUUAGUGACCAGAGAGGGACAGUCAUAUCCAUUUUUAGCUUACAAUCUUCAAUGUAUCUUCCGUGUUGGAUUUUAUGGAUUAAGAUCACCGCACAGCCAUGCUGUUUGGAGUAUUCAACCAGUGGAAGCUGAUAUUUUACCUACAAACUUACAGGGAUUUUCAGAUAAUCAUGUCAAUCAGAAAAUAAGAUUUUCUGAUCGACGUUUAAUUGAUUUAUCGUCACUAGGACAAUCCAUAAACUGUGCUUACAGAAAUACAACGAUUAGUGGUCAAAGUCACUACAUUUGUGAUUUAAAUGUUCAAAAUGCAGCUGGUUUUGAUAAUUUUACUGAAGUAACUGGAACUCAUUUGGCAGGAAGAACCAAUGCUGAUGUGACUGGAAUUUUUAUUUUAUCUGCUUCGAGAACCAUCAAUUUUCCAAGCAUUUUAUGUUCACAAUUUUCAAACUCAAUUUAUGUUGAUUUUACUUUUAUGGAUGUUGUCACAAUUGGUGAAAAUACACUUAGUGGAUGUGCCAACUUGGAAUGGUUGAGAUUUUGGUACAAUGAGAUUGAAAAUAUUCAUGAACAAGCAUUCGCAAGCAAUACAAGAUUAAGUUAUCUCGAUCUUGACAGAAAUCAACUUGCAACUUUACCAGAAAAUGUGUUUAAUGGUUUAGUGAAUUUACAGGAGCUGGAAUUGUCAAAUAAUCCUUUCACAUUAAUUCCUGGUGGAUUAUUCAGACCUUUGACAAAUUUGAGACUCUUGUUCCUGAUUACCUGCAGAAUAAAUGAAAUAAAUCUUGAUUGGUUUGCUCCUCUAGUAAAUAUGGAAACACUAUCAAUUUAUGGAAAUAACAUCACAGUCCUUCCUGAAAAUACCUUCUCGAGCAUGAGGAACCUUCAAGUACUAGAAAUCAGCAGAAAUCCAAUCGGUGACAAUUUACCAGCAAACAUAUUCAGAGAUCUAUCCAAUCUUGACCGACUUUAUAUGGCAAAUAUCAGAAUUACAGCAAUCAAUACUGCAUGGUUUAAUGGAAUAUCCAAUUUAGAGUUUCUAUACAUCUACUCGAACCUAUUUAUUUCAAUCCCAGAAGGAACUUUUGAUAGCUUCACAAACCUUUUAGCAAUUGAUAUUGGAGACAAUCGCCUUACAGAAUCAGCAAUUCCUGGAAAUUUGUUUCAAAAUAUGCCAAACUUAAUUUAUUUCAUUUGUGACUAUAAUCUUAUUCAGACUCCAAAUCCUCAAUGGUUCCAAAGAAUGACAGAACUAGUCGUUCUCAACCUCAACUUUAAUCAAAUUAUUGAACUUCCAGUUGGAUUAUUUUCAACAUUUAGAGCUAUUAUUGAAAUUGAUUUGUGGGGAAAUUACAUUAAGACAGUUAACCGUGAUUCUUUUGGAAAUAUCGGAAGUUUAGAAUUUAUGGAUUUUGACAGUAAUGUCAUUAAUGCUGUUGAUGAAAGAUUCUUAAAUGAAGCUUGGCCUCUGUCGUACCUUUUCUUCUUCAACAACUUAUGCGCAAGUGAUUGGUUCUUUAAUUUUGGAAUUAAUCGUGAAUUAUUCAUGCCAAGAUUAGCAACUUGUACGCGAAAUUUUGAAUUUAUUGUCGAAACUGCUACUGAACGUGGAGAAGCUUAUAGAUUUUAUACAGCACCAAACCCUGGAAUUCAAGUUCGUGUCAAUACAAAUGAGGAAAUUCGCAUCGCCUUGACUCCAUUUAAUAUGCUAUGGAGUCCAUCAGUUGAAAUAGUUAUUGGUGCUAGAAAUAAUACAGUCUCAACAAUCAUUAGGAAUCAAGAUCAAGAAGUUGCACUUGCUCGUAGUCCCAACAUCAUCAGACCAGGUCAAUGGACUGGAUUUAGAAUCACAUGGGCAAAUGAUGUCAUUUUGGUGACGAGAGAAGCACAGAAUUUCCCAUUUUUGGCUUACAACUUACAAGACAUAUUCCCAAUUACAUUCUAUGGACUUAGAUCACCUGAGAGUCGUGCAGUCUGGAGCAUUCAACCUGUUGAAGCUGAUAUCAUGCCCACAGAAGCUUGAAUGAGUCGAUAUAAUUUCAAUAACAUAACAUUAAGGUUUAAAAGUCAAUAGCCCCCAAUAUGUCAUUAACACUUAUCAAAUUGAUAACAACCUGAAGAAACUGGAAUCAAAAUAAAAGGCUUAAUUUGAGAAUUAUCUAAGAGAUAAGA